AUGGCACGUUCAGACGUUGUUCCUGGAGGACGCGCGGGGAAGGCGAUGGCAGCCGCUGCUGCCGCCGCGGGUGGCGGCGGUGGCUCGUCCGUGUCGUUGCAGGACGCGGAUAAGAAGAGUCAUCGCGCAGCGCGGUCAGGGCCGGCGGCGGAGCGCAAGAAGGAGAAGGAUAAGAAGAAACGCGGCGUGGACGACGACGCGGAGGAACGCGAGAACCCGCGCGCGUUUGCUUUCCGCUCGUCGCGUCGAGCCAAGCUACAGGUGGCGAGGCGGGUGGAGCUGCAGCAGCGGCGCAUGCACGCGCCCAGUGCUGCUGCCACACGCGCACAGGCGCUGGAACCACCUCCGUUCGUGGUGCUUGUGCAGGGUCCUCCCAAGGUGGGCAAGACGACGCUCAUCCGCUCGCUGAUAAAGCACUACACCAAGCACAACAUUCCAGACGUCAAGGGACCCAUCACUGUCGUCUCAGGCAAGAAGCGGCGGCUGCUCUUCAUUGAGUGCAGCGGCAGCGUGCACGCCAUGCUCGAUGCGGCCAAGUUUGCAGACCUCGUGCUGCUGCUCAUCGAUGGCAGCUUCGGCUUCGAGAUGGAGACCUUUGAGUUUCUGAACAUGCUGCAGGUGCACGGCUUUCCCAAGGUCAUGGGCGUGCUGACGCACCUGGACGGCUUCAGAGACCCGCGCAAGCUCAAGAAGACCAAGAAGACACUCAAGCACCGCUUCUGGACCGAGAUCUACGAUGGAGCAAAGUUGUUCUACCUCUCGGGGCUCAUUCACGGCAGGUACCCCAAGCGCGAGGUGCUGAAUCUGGCUCGGUUCAUUUCAGUUGCCAAGUUCCGUCCCCUCUCCUGGAGAACAGCCCAUGGCUAUGUGGUGGCUGAUCGGGUGGAAGAUCUGACGGAGACGGAGGAUGUUCGGAGAAACCCUAAAUGUGAUCGGACGGUCGCGAUUUACGGUUACUUGCGCGGUUGCAAUCUGAAGCAGGGCUUUAAGGUGCAUAUUGCUGGGGUGGGUGACGUGGCAGUGGAGAGUAUUACGCAGCUGCCCGACCCUUGCCCGCUGCCCGACGCGAAAAAGAAGCGGAGUUUGAACGAGCGGGAGAAGCUGCUUUAUGCGCCGAUGGCUGAUAUAGGGGAUAUACUGUACGAUAAAGAUGCGGUUUAUAUUAAUAUUCCGGAUCAUCAGGUGCAGUAUUCUAAGGUUGAGGAGAAGGAAAGAGGAGGAGGGAAAGAGGAGGACGAGGAGUGGUCAGAUGAGGGAGAGGGGGGUGUGGGGGGGAAAAGAGAGGAAGAUGAUGAGGAGGAGGAGGAUGAAGAGGAGGAGGGGGAGGGGGAAGGGAAAGGAGGGAAAGGGAAGGGGGGAGGUGGAAAGCAGAAGGAUGAGGGAGAGGAGAUGGUGAAAACGCUGCAGGCUGCUGACGUGGCAGUUGAUGAUAAGCUGAAAUCGAGCGCGAUCUCGCUGUUCAAAUGGACGGCCCCGAUUCGAGAUGUGAGCGAGGUGGAGGGCGGGAGAGAGGAGGAGAUGGGUGGGGUGGAGGAGGAUGGAGAGGGGAGUGAUGAGGAUGAGAGCGAGGGAGAGGAACAGGAGGAUGAGGGAGAGGAGGGGGAGGAGGAAACGGGACUGAAGGAGGAAAGGAGGAGGGAUUCGAAGGGAAGGAUGAGGCGUGCUGUAGUGUUUGGUGGUGAUGAUGCUGAGGAGGAGGACGAGGAGGAGGAAGAUGAGGAGGAGGAUGAGGAUGAUGGAGAGGAGGAUGAAGAGGGGUGGGAGCUAGAAGAGGAAGGAAAGGAGGGAGGUGCAAUGGAGGAGGAAGAUGAAAUGGAUGAGGAAAUGGAAGAGGAGGAGGAAGAGGAUGAAGACGAAGAGGAGGAGGAGGAGGAUGAGGAGGAUGGUGUGAAAGAGCCAACGAGGCAGCAGCUAGAGAAGUGGGCUGAUAGGGAGGCCGUGGAAAAUGAGGGAACAGACUCUGAGGAAGAUGAUGAUGAUGGGGAGGAUGAGGAUGAGGAGGAGGAGGAGGAGGAGGAGGAGGACGGUGAAGAGGAGGAAGGAGGGAAGGUAGUGGGAUUGAAAAAAGAUGUUUUGCAGGCCGAGAAAGGGGAGGCUGCGGCCAAGUGGAAGGAAGGCUUGGCUGCUCGGGCAGCCAAAAUGUUUUCGAGAAAGCUGAGCCUGAUGGAGCUGGUUUACGGGCAGAAGGGCGGCGGUGGCAUGAAAGGAAAAGGAAAAGGCUUUGGGAUAGGAGCUAGUGGUGAGGGAAGUGAGGAGGAGGAGGAUGAGGAGCAGGAAGAGGAGGAAGAGGAGCUUUUUCGGCCAAGGAGGAAGCAGCAGGACGGGUCUUCCUCCGCUUCCCAAGCUGCACUCACUGAUGAUAUAGAUGCGGAGGACUGUGUGCGAGUGCGUCCAGAUGCAUUGAACCUGGCGCAGUGGGACGAUCCCGAGGUGGUCGAAUCCCUCAGGGACCGGUUUGUGACUGGGAACUGGUCCAAGGCGGGUGAGAGGCGGCGCAAGGGGGGAGCUAAGGGGAAGAAAGGCGGGGGAGAGGACGGGGGGAGUGAUGGGGAGGAGGAUGGGGAUGGGGAGGAGGAUGAGGAGGAUGAUGUGUUUGGCGAUUUUGAAGAUCUAGAGACUGGGGAGAAAUUUGGACCUGGGGGGAAAGGGGAGGGGGGAGGUGGGGGAGCAGGAGCAGGAGGGGGAGGAGGGGGAGGGAGGAUGAGUGAGGAGGAGAGGGAGAAGGCAGAGGCAGAGGAGAGGCGGCUGAAGAAGCUUGCUUUGCGUGCCAACUUUGAUUCCAAAUAUCCUCUCACACGCCCUCUCACCUGCUUUCUCUCACACGCCCUCUCACCUGCUUUCUCUCACACGCCCUCUCUCACGCUUUCCUACCACCCCUUUCGUACUCAUUCCAGAAUCCGGGAGGAGGACGAGGAGGAGGGAGGGGAGGAUGGGGAAGGGGAGGAGGGCGAAGGCAAGAAGUUUCCUGGAAGGGAUCCGGAGGAGAAGGACUACAUUGAUAUUUUGAAGGAGCAGCUGGAAGCGAGGAAGCAGAGGACGGAGGCGGCUCUAGCAGAGGUGGACGAGGCUACCCGCGUGGCAAUGGAGGGCUUCCCCGUGGGCGCGUACCUGCGCCUGCUGUUCCGUGCACUGCCGGGAGAAUUCAUGCUGCACUUUGACCCGCGGGUUCCCGUGCUUGUGGGAGCAGUUCCACCCACGGAGGAAACGCUCGGAUACCUGAGGGUGCGGAUGAAGAAGCACCGGUGGCACCGGAAAGUCCUCAAAACGCGCGACCCCCUGGUCCUGUCAGCAGGAUGGCGGCGCUUCCAGUCCGUGCCCGUGUUCGCCAUGGAGGAUACCAACGGGCGGCACCGGCUCAUCAAAUACACCCCCGAGCACAUGCACUGCCUCGCUGUCAUGUGGGCGCCGCUGCUGCCCCCGAAUACUGGGCUGCUUGCGCUGUCGUCUGGUGCUGCCAGUGGUAGCAGCAAGCAGGCGUCCUUCCGCAUUAGCGCCACAGGAGUGGUGUUGGAGCAGCAGCAGUCAGCGCAGGUGGUGAAGAAGCUGAAGCUGGUGGGCACGCCCGUGAAGAUCUUCCGUCACACCGCGUUCAUCAAGGACAUGUUCUCCUCCCAGCUCGAGGUGGCGCGAUUCGAGGGGGCGGCUGUGCGGACCGUGUCGGGCAUUCGCGGGCAGAUCAAGAAGGCUCUAAAACACGGGCAAGGCCCAGAAGGCAGUGUGAGGUGCGCCUUUGAGGACAAGAUUCUGAUGAGCGACAUUGUCUUCCUGCGCGCCUGGGUCAAGGUCACCGUGCCCAAGCUAUACAACCCUGUCUGCACGCUGCUCCAAUCAGCAAGCGCCACGUGGCAAGGCAUGAAGACCGUGGCGGAGCUCAGGCGGGAGCAGCAGCUGCCCAUCCCCGUUAACAAGGACUCCCUUUACAAGCCCAUCGAGAGGCGCCCGCGCUCCUUCAACCCUCUCAAGAUUCCCGCGAAGCUGCAGGCUGCUCUGCCCUUCUCUUCCAAGCCUAAGGACGAGGCUCGGCGCACAACACCGAGCCUGGAGCAGCAGCGGCCGGCAGUGGUGAUGGAGCCUCAGGAGAGGCGGCUGCACACUAUGGUGCAGCAGCUCAACACCAUCAAGAACCAAAAGGUGAAGAAGCGGAGGGAGACGACGCGCAAGAAGCGAGCGGAGUAUGAGAAGCGCAAGGCAGCAGACGAGGAGGAGCAGAAGUACAGGCGUCGUGAGGAGAAGAGGGAGAAGUACAGGAAGGAGGCAAAGAGGAAGUUUGGGGGUGGUAGGGGUGGGGAUGAUGAUGGGGGGCAGCCUGGAAAGAGGGGUCGCGGGCUGCAAGCCGACUAA